GUCCCACGAAAACUUGUGGAUAUUCAUCAAGAAAUUCGCUCAGUUAAUACAUCCUUCCUCAUUCAGCAACAAAUAAUGAACUCGUUCGCUGCUUGACUUUCCGUGUCUUAUGUCCAAUAUAAAGCAAGUCAAGUACCCUGUAGCUGAUGGCAUUGCAACCUGGUUGUGUGGGCAAUUAUCGCGGGAAAAAGCGCCCCGCAGAAACUGAUCCUGACAAUGACCAGCCUCUGACCAAAAAGUUCAGCCAUCUACAAUUAACUCCUCUGACAUUUCAAGAUGACACCUUUGGCCGGAAAAAACUCGCCACGUCUAAUCAUGGCGAUCGGAUGAUGCUUGAUGAUACCAAUCAUACAAUUUAUAUACAUGACUUGGAUAUGGAGCUACAAAAUCUUGAAACUCUGGACAAUGAAGUCACAAUUUUGUCGGGGGUGGUUGAUACACUGUCUACAGUUCCAAGAAUGCUGGUGGCCGACGACCAGGCUCACUGUACAGAGCUGGUACUCUACAGUGAGCCCGUACCGCUUACAGCUCCCAAGGAAAGUGAUAAUGUCCGCAAGGCCCUUGCUGCUACUAGGGAGCGCGCCCGGCAGAUACAUCAUAUGAAGCAUGGUUCCCUAGAUCCUAAUCGAUCAAUUUUCCUGGAUCUUGGAUGUGAUGGUAAUACAGAUCAGAUGUACUCUAGUGAGAGGAUGGAAAUUGAUACAAAUAAUUAAUAGUGAUAUAAUUGAU